AUGCCAGCGCAGGUGCCUGACAAGCUGUCCGCCACCAUCUCCUUGAUCAUCCGCUGCCUGGAACCUGACACCACCUACAUGUGAGUAGCAAUACCAGCUGCUGACUUGUCUCGAGCCCACAUGUGGUAGGCAGCAAAGGGGAAUAGACAUCUUUUGAAUUAAGAUGGAGAUGCAAGGCACAUUUGCUCAUGCAGCCCAAACAUAUAUGCUGCAUGUAUCUGGUGAUAUUUUCUGUUCCGUCAUCAGGUUCACUCUCUGGGGUGUGGAUAACACAGGGAGACGUUCAAGGUCAAGUGAUGUGACUGUGAAGACUCCUUGCCCGGUGGUGGACGAUGUGAAGGCCCAAGGUAACAGUGCUGCCGCAGAGACCUGCCCGUUGGCAAAAGAAGCAUCUGCGUACAGCGCUUGAGGAUUUUAUUUUUAAUCAUUUUGUGUGUGUGUGUGCGAAACCUAUUCCUGCAACUAUAAAUUUUAGGGUUUCGGUUUGAAAAAUGAUGCUUUGAAAAGGCACAAUAUAUUAUCUGGCAUGUACAUCUGUGUUGCAAGUUGCAAAGCUAGGUUGCUGGUAAAGAGCCUUCGGGAGCUCAUCUUUGAAAUCCUUGUUCCAUCUUCACUGUUGCAUUGAAACACAAAAUGCCUGUCUUCCCUUGCCCUGCUUGCCCAGGGUGGCUGUUUCCCCAGCAAUCUCCCUUCGCCCUUCCCAAAAAUGCUGUGUUGAGGAGGGCAGCUGUGAUGGGGAAACACUUUUUUCCAAGAGGUGCUGUUUAAACUCCAAACUACCCUUCACUAUGUCGAUCAACAUUUCACCUUCCCUUUUUGUUUAAAACCAGAAAUAGCAGACAAGAUCUACAACCUCUUCAAUGGCUACACUAGCGGGAAGGAGCAGCAAACGGCCUACAACACCCUGCUGGACUUGGGCUCACCAAGCCUUCACCGGGUCCUGUACCAUUACAACCAGCACUACGAGAGCUUUGGGGAGUUCACCUGGCGAUGCGAGGAUGAACUGGGCCCCCGGUAAGAUGAGACCUUCUGUGCCAUGCCGGUUGUUUCAGAAUACUGUAUCUGCCAAAGUUAUUGUCACUAGACAUCUUUAAGCCACAACAUGUAAAAUGGAAAAGAUACUGGGAGUGUGUCUAUGCCACAGCAUGGCUUAACUGGUUUAAUAGUAAUUAUCUUUCCCCGUAGCAGUUCGAAAGCACAUCAAGUGGAAGUAGAUAAAUAGGUACCACUCCAGUGGGAAGGUAAAUGGCAUUUCCGUACGCUGCUCUGGUUCGCCAGAAGCGGCUUAGUCAUGCUGUCCACAUGAUCCGGAAGCUGUACGCCAGCUCCCUCAGCCAGUAAAGUGAGAUGAGCGCCGCAACCCCAGAGUCGUCUGCGACUGGACUUAACGGUCAGGGGUCCCUUUACCUUUUUUGCCUUUCCCCAAGGAGUGUUGGGAACUAUGGCUUUGUGAGGAAAUAAGAAUUUCCAACAUAGUUACCCAUAUCAUCACCAAACUGGGAUCCACAGGAUUCUUUGAGGGGAGCCAUAACGAUUAAACUGAUAUAAAAGGGGCACACAUGUUUAGCAUUGUUCUGUCCUUUAGUUCAGGGUAGUGACACAUAUUAGAUGCCAGAGGGCUGAAAAAAAAUAAAGAAUGCUUGAUUAAUUUGCACACCCAACCAACUCUUUCAAUAGGCCUCAGAGCAGAUUACCCUAUAGCAAGAGUUGGGGUGGGGGUGUCUACCUUACUAUUUUCCUGGCUAUGGAUGAGCUUUAUUCUUACUUACUAGUAAGGGAUGUUUUAAAAAUGAUUCAAGAGAGAUGUAAGAGUUAAUUCCCUUUAAAAAAAAUAAACUCUGAAAUUAGAGGAGUCAGGUGGUGUCAAGUUAUUAUCACCCAGCAGCAUUUGAUGGAGAUCAUUUCAUCAUAAGGAUGAUGAUAAAACUUAGGGAUCCAACUUGCUGCUUGGAUCAGCUGCCUGCAGACAGAUCAAAUGCACCUGUGACUGACAGGGCAAGCGACUUGCAGAUUCCACCUUAACUAAGAGACUGGCUGCUCUGUUACAGCAUUUUGUCCUCAAUGCACUUGUCAUCUUGCAUACCAACAAUGUCCCUCCUGCUUUGAGGGCUGGAGGGGACAGAGUAAUAGGGCUUUUUCACCCUGGAAACACUUUGGAAGAGGCACCACAGCUCCUUGUAGUAUUUAUCCUGUUUUUGCCCUUGGUCAAACACAUUUGGCAAGUGUUUGUAUUGCUUCAAAAAUCUACACAACCUGCAUGAUUCUGAGCAAUAGUGGAAUCAAAGAAAUGGGGGUGUACAUUGCAGGAAGUGAAGCCGAAAUCCCCCUUUAACUCUCUUGGAGUCAAACUCAAUAAGAAGACAGAGAUCUGUAGCUGGAGUUCACUAGUUGUUGUUUCAAGUCUGUUUUUUUGCCAAAAGCAACCAUAGUCUCAAUGGGUUCAAGUCCCUUGGCACGUCAUGAUACAUGUUUGGCCCCUCCCCUCACUCCACAAAUACUGUUUUCCUAAUGAAAAUCCCUUUCUAACAUGCUGUUUACUCCAUUAGGGAAAAUCUAUGUGUUGCAGCUUCAGAGGAUGGGUUUCACUGAGAAAAUGUUGGGUGGGGUGGGGUGAGCUCCACUGUAGACUCAAUCCAGAUUAGAGACCUUUUCUUUUUUUGCCAAAAUGUAAAGCGAUCACUGUUCCCCAUCAUCUCACGUGGUUUGGCCCUAGAAAGACUCUGAGGGGGAGGACUCUUCAUGGCUUCUUAUGCUUUGCCAUCCUUGAGCACUUCUUCAGCAACCACUUGGCUUUCAAGUAAUUUCCUAGCAACAGUAGUUGCCAUGACAAAGAACAAGCACCCAACAAAAAGCUGGGUUGUUGGUAACUCUGACAUCUGGAAGCUGAAAGGCUGCAGGCUUUGCGAUGCUGACACUUAAGCCAAACAUCUGGCUUAUAUGACAGUGAGAGGUUAGUGGCAGUCUGUCAAAGAGGAAUCUUGGAGAGUACAGUCUAGCUUGAACCCACUUACAUCUUGUGUCCCUAGUCUUUCUCUCAGGAGCUCAGGGUGGUAUCCAUGAAGCCUUCUGCCAUUUUGCUCUUGCAACAACCCUGCAUGGUACAUUAAACUAAAAGACAGUUGCUGUCCAAAGCCCUUCCAAUGAGCUUUGCUGGCCCAGGUGAUGCAAUCAGACCACUAUGCCACACUGGUUCUGAUAUCCUGGAGAGCUCAGCUGAUGAAGUUCUAAUCCAGGGAUGGGGAACGUGUGGCUCUCCAGAUGUUGUGCUCCCAUCAGCCCCAGCCAGCAGGGUCAAUGGUCAGGGGUGAUGGGUGCUGUAGCCGAACAACAUCUGGAUAUUGUUUCAUGCACUUUCUCUCAGUAACUCAUACAGCAAUCAUAGUGGCAGUUAAACUCGGUUCACCUGCAUACUGACCUCCACGGCCUCUUUUUGAGGUCAGUGUGGCACACAUGUGAACUGGGACUGAGCAAAGGUUCCUGCUGACUCCAUUGCACCUUUCGCUGACCUCCAGGAGGGGGACAGAAGCACAGCUUUAAUUAGGGGCUGGUUCAAGGGCUUCUUAAUUUCUCCACCUCCCCCCCCCGCCAUUUAAAAGUUCAGCCAUGGUUCUUUUUUUCUUUUUUUUAAAUGAUAUUUAUUAAAAUUUCAAAAGAAAAAGAUCACAUUGAUAAGAAAAAUAACAAUAAAAAAAAGAAAAAUACAAAGUACCAAAAAAAACAAUUAAAAACAAUUCCAUCUUUUCAUCACUUCUCUUACAUUUACUUAUUUCCCAGACCUCCUCAUACCUCCCUUUUUUGUAUUCCAAUUCAAUUUGUUAGUCCAGCAAUUCCUUUCCCUCCUUUUAAUCCUGAUCUUUAAUCUUACUAUAUUAUAGCAUUAAAUUUUUACAUAUUGAAAGCCAAUUUUUCCAUAUUCUUUUAUACCAUUACAGCUAGAAACCACUUAACUUCAAUCCGACAUCAUUCUAACAUUCAUUAAUUUUACAAUAUUUCUGUAAGUAAUCUUUAAAUUUCUUCCAGUCUUCUUCCACCGACUCUUCUCCCUGGUCUUGGAUUCUGCCAGUCAUUUCCGCCAAUUCCAUGUAGUCCAUCAUUUUCAUCUGCCAUUCCUCCAGUGUGGGUAGAUCUUGUGUCUUCCAAUGCUUUGCAAUAAGUAUUCUUGCUGCUGUUGUAGCAUACAUAAAGAAAGUUCUGUCCUUUUUUAACACCGAUUGGCUGACUAAAAGUUCAGCCAUGGUUCAACUGAACCAGCAACACAUCAGACUUUGGAAAUGAGGUCUCAAACGUCUUUGGGGAAGAUGCUGAAUAAUAUUAGUUGCCAUCUCCCCCCAAUCCAACCCCAUACAUUGCCAUUGUCACAAUGUAGCAUGAAAUGUAUUUCCCCCAGAACAUCUGUCUUGAGCCAUAGCAACAGUGCUUUUUUCUGGGAAGGGGGGACACAGGGGUACGCAUACCCCUAAACAUUUUGUGAAUCUUUGUACUUUGGUCCAUUUACUGUAUUUAUUUUCCCCCGAAUUGAACUAUAAAAUGGUGAUUUUCUUGAGUCAAAAUGAGAAUACCCCUAAACAUUUUUUAAAGAAAAAAAGCACUGCAUAGCAACAUAUGUUCUAUAAGAAAGUCAGCAGGAGGAUUUUGCCAUGUUUUAAUCUUGAAACAGAGAACUGUACCCUGAACAUGUAUCCCAAAUACAAACAAACGUUACGAUCCAGCAAACAGAGGAUGCUAAAUUAAUGACUUGGUGCAAAGGCCUCACUUCUUGUGCUUUAGGACAAGCUGCCCAAGGAGGGUAAUGCAAAUAAAAUCUCCUCAUGUGAAGGCUUUCAUGAGAAAUCUAGGUAAAGGUGGUCCCCACACACCCCCGGCCGUGAUCUAAGUUCCAGCGUGGUUGAUGUCUCAUCUUUCUCACCACAAUUUCUAUUCUGCCAUCUCUCUGGGGAAGAGCCAUAGCUCACUGGUAAAGCUUCACAUGCAGAAGGCUCAGAUGCAACCCCUGGCGUUUCCAGAUGGGACUGGAGGAGAAACUGCCUUAAACCCUGGAGAGUGGCUGCCAUUUUGAGCAAGCCACACCCACCAUCCCUCCCCUGACAUCAUACAUGGCGUUGGGUGUGAAGUGGCCUUUCAGAUUGAACAACUGGAAGCCGAAAGUGGCUCCCAGUUGGUUGGUUACUGCAGCAAGGCCAGUUCCCAACCACCCAGCGGUUUAUGGGCAAUAGGGGCACGCAAAGGAAAAGUGCAGGAAGAAUCACAAAGCCCUUUCCCACAUUCCCCAUUUCAACCUCCAAUGCCAUGUGUUGAAAGGGGGAGUGUGAGGUGGGCUUUGCACUACCAGCAUGGUUCAGGGGUCAAUUCUCGGUUCCUCCUGUGUCCCCACCACCACCUCCCUGCCAGUGCUGUGAGACGCAAGAGAAAGAAAUCUGAAUGUUAAAAUGCAGGCUUCAUUCUGGCUCCCCUCCUUGGCAGCAGGAGCUUGCGAAACCCACAAAGCAUUUUGACAAGUGAGCAGGACAACCCACCUGUCAGUCAUGUGACCUAAUGACACCAGGUGAUCGACAGUUGUUUGACCAUGCCCACUUGUCCAACUUGGCUGCUAAGGUUAAUCUUGAUAAGCAUCUGAAAAAGUCCCCCACUGCUGGUGUAGAUGGUGGAUUGAUUCCGUAUAAGAUUGCUUCCUGUGUUUCUGCUUAGGCCCAUUUCUACUUCCCUUCCCUUGUCUCUUUCUGUCCUCUCUAGAAAAGCCGGUCUCAUUCUCUCCCAGCUUGGGGACCUCAGCACCUGGUGCCAUGGCCUCUUGCAGGAGCCCAAGAUUGGUCUUCAGCGCAUGUCGCUCAAAUUCCUUGCCUGCCGUUACAGUGAGAUCAAGCCAUACGGAUUCAGCUGGAUGGAGCUGAGUCGGGACCUCAAGAAAACCUGUGAGGAGCAGAUGUUGAGUGUCCUCUACAAUGACUACGGGGACAGAGACAACUGA